UCACUACGCCCCUAGCCUGCAGGCUCCAAGCCUCUGCUUUCCCCCUCUCCUUUUCACUUGCCACUUUGCUGCUCAAAUCCACCAUCCGCACUCCUCUCCCUCUUUCUCUUUCUCAGUGACUGUACCACUAUGCCCUGACUUUGCCAUCUCUCUCCUCAUCUCCUUUCCUUUCCCUCUCUCUACUACCUUCUUUCCUCUUCUUUGAUCACCAGCAGGACCAGACAGCUGCUGAUAUAACUCCUCUUCCGACUCUCCACUCUCUAUGGACUCCGCUUGAUUCGACAAAAGUAUACGACCACUAGAUCGCAAGAAGUAGCGGGUUGCUAGGAACUUGGUGUGUCCGGCCGUUCUCCAUUUGAUCGUGGAAGAAUAGCGGCAACGCGCUCGCUGUGGUCGACUUAUUUCCAUCUGCGUGAUCUCUUCCAAUGCUGCAAAGCAGGAACCUACCGAAUCUCUCCCUCCAGAUAAGCCCGCCAGCCGCCGCAUCUGACGCACCGGCGGUCGUGGCGAAUCCUCCUCCGCCGACAGAACCAAGCACGGCGACGUCGUAUGCUGAAGGAAGCGGCGAGGUAGGGUUCUUUGCAAACCCUAGCCCCGGCCCCGGCGCGGAACCUCCGGGCCUCAGCCUGGGGCUCGCCACGCCGACGCGUAGCGACGACGACGACGCGGCCGGACGGCGUGGCCACCUCCAGCCGCAGGGAUGCGCGUUCAAGCGCGCGGCCAUGGCUUCCCCGCCUGACGGUCCAUCGAAGCGAAGCUCCCGGGCGCCGCGGAUGCGCUGGACCACCGCGCUCCACGCGCGCUUCGUGCACGCCGUCGAGCUCCUCGGCGGCCAUGAGAGAGCGACGCCGAAGUCGGUGCUGGAGCUGAUGAACGUCAAGGAUCUAACGCUCGCGCAUGUCAAGAGCCACCUUCAGAUGUACAGGACAGUGAAGAGCACAGACAGAUCAUCGCUAUUGCACAUAGCUGCAGGCGAGGCGUUGCCGCCGGUGCAGAGGACUAAUACGGCGACAGAGAAGGCGGCGGCGGCAGCAGCAGCACCAGGAAGAGGUGGGGUGGUAGUGGUACCAGUGCCCGCAUGUGACGACAUGGUUGGGAUCUGCGGCUCUCCUUCGGCGGGGUCUGCGCCGCCUGCUACGGCGACUACUUCCGCCGCUCACUUCCUCUGUGCGCCAGCAGCAACUGCUCCACUGGCCGUAGCACCGUCACCUCUUCCACCCAUGCCUCCGAGGAACUGCAGGACUGACGACGACGCGCCAGCGGUGCCGGAAAAAGGUGUUGCAAUUGUUGUUGACUCGUUGCACCGGUGUCAGCAACAUAAUUUCUCACCGCCGGUGCUUCAAGAUACUCAUCAGGAGACUCAUCAUCAUGAAGAGGCAAACGGUCAGGUAGCAGCCAUGGGACUGCGCGCGAGUGUCGUCGUUGACCCCCUCGCUACAAGCUGCUCAAGCCCGGCGAGCUCUUCUCCGUCGCUCGCUAGCCUGGAGCACUUGACGGACGACAUUCACGCGCCGAACCUGGAGAUCUCGCUCGGGAGGCGGUACUGGAUCCUGGAGCGCCCGGAGGGAUUAUUUAGCCUGAAAUACAUGUGACAAAUGCCCUAAAAGAGAAUAGAUGGUGCUUUGUUUUUUUUUCUUUUUGGGGGUUUUGUACGUUGGUUCAGCUAACCAUUGGUCAAGUAGCCAGGUUUUAUGUUCGGCACGUACGGCAUGGAAUGAGAUCGAUCUGUGAGCAGGACGCAGGUUGACAGGU